UCUCAGCUUGAUUUAGAAGCAUGUAGGAACAAGACCAGUGAUAAUUGGUGCCAGAAUUAAUCAUCUGCACAAGAUUCUAUUUGAUGCCAAACUAGCGAAAUGCUUGCAGAAUCUUCAGCUCUUUUGAAACUUUAAUGAAACAUCCUUUGAAAUGACGAUAUAUGAUCACUACUCCUGGUAACUGAAAGGCAAAGAAGCUUGAGUUCACAAUAUGAAAUUUAAAGGCAAUCUGAAGAUGAAAUAUCAACGAUAAUGACGAAUAGGUGUUAUUUAAACCGAAUUGUUAAAAAUAAAGCCAACCGAGGGGUCUUCUUGAAUUAUAUGGUCUCUCUUCUUGAUCACAUAGAGGAAACUGGAAUAACAGAACUCUGAAUUGUAGGAAUUCUCGCCUAUAAUUGAAGUAUAAACUAGACCGAUUCUGUUCUUGAGUACUUGAAGAGUAGAGAGGCUUGAGUUUUUUUCUUCCAACUUACUCACCCGAUUUGGCCCCUAUCUCAAAGCGAAAGUGAAACAGCUGCCAGAUAAAGAGUUGAUCAACUUAUUUGAGAGAAAAGUGAAGAGAUUAUGAGAAUGAGUCUGGGCAACUGGAUGGAGACGAGGUAGUUG